AAGGUGUGUGCACAGCUGGGUGUGCCUGUAUCUCUGUGUGUACAUCGGAGGUGUACGUAUCUCGGUGUAUCGCUGUGUGCAUCUGUGCCUAUAUACAGGUCUGUGUAUCGCGGUGUGUGUGUACGUUGGGGGGGGUACGCAUGUCUGUGUAUAUCUGUGUGCAUCUGUGGGUGUAGAUAUAGGUCUGUGUAUACUGUAGCUGUGUGUGUCUGUGUGUGGGGGGGUGUAUGUAUGCGUGUGUAAGUCAAGGGAUGUGUACGCAUGUCUGUACUGCUUUGUGCAUGUGUGUAUAUAUGGGUCUGUGUGCAGCUGUGGGUGUGUAUCUGUACAUCGGGGGAGUACGCAUGUCUGUAUAACUGCUUCUGUGUGUAUAUAUCUAGGUAUGUGUAUACUGUAGCUGUGUGUGUGUACACCGGUGUGCGUGUACGCAUGGUUGUAUAGCUGUGUGCAUCUCUGUGUAUAUAUAGGUCUGUGUAUCUGUGUGUACAUCGGGGGGGUGUACGCAUGUGUGUGUAGAGCUGCGUGCAUAGCUAUAUGUCUGUGUAUAUUGUGGGGGGGUGUCUCCGUGUAUGUGUGUGUACAUCGGAGAUGUCCCCACGUCUGUGUGCAUCUGUGUGCAGCUGGCUCCGCGCGUACCGCGUACGGGUGCAACAGGGACCCGGCGGAGUCGCCCGUUUAAGGCCGCGCGGCGGCGCGUUGCCGCUUUAAGGCUGCCAGGCCCGGCCCGCCCAGCCCUCCCCCGCGUGCCCAGUGCCAGCCCGCCGCCGCCGUCGCCGCCAGACCCCGGAGCCGGGAGGUCCCGCACCGCACCGCGCCGCACCCGGCCCGGCCCCGCCUGCCGCGCAGGGCGGGAGCGGCAUGCGGUAGCGGCAAGGCAGGCAGGCAGGCGGGCGGGCGGCACCACGGAGGGGUCUGUGGAGCAGCGGGGCAAGGGCCGCGCCCCCAUGAAGGAGAAGGAGACGGCGGAGCGGGGCAAGCCCGCCACCUACACGGGGGACAAGAAGGCGCGGAUGGCGGCCAAGACCAACAAGAAGUGGGUGCGCCUGGCCACCGUGCUGGCCUACGUGCUCUCCGUCUCGCUCGCCGCCAUCGUGCUCGCCGUCUACUACAGCCUCAUCUGGCAGCCGGUGCGCAGCGGCGCCGCCUCGCCGGGCCACGCCACGCCGAGCGCCGCCGCGAGCCCGCGCCCCGCCGCCGCCACCGCCACCGCCACGCGGGCCGAGCCGCACGCCGCCGCCACGGAGCCGCCGCCGCGCCCGGCCUCCAGCCCUGGGCCGCCCGCCGCCUCGCCAGCGCCCGCCACAGCCGCCGGCCCCGCCGUGCUGCAGCGUGUGCGGCCGAGCCACUGAUCCCGGCGCCGGCGGACGGACUGGUGCCGCCCGGGGAAGGCAGCUGGCAUGGACCCCGGCCUCCUUCCCCCCCACCCCCUGUAUAUACUUGUACACAUAGAGGCACUUAGGCUGUACCUGUGCAUAGAGACCAGAUUAUAGAGGUGUACAGAUCUAUACACGCACACGCGCUCCCUGUAUGUAAACACACACACCACGAGCUGAUGCUGACUGCGGGCCAAAGGGCUAUAGCGGGGAGACUCGCCUUGAAGAUUACAGCCGUCCUGCAGGCCAAGGGAUGCUUAAAGACAGACAGACAGACCCACCGACUGCCAGAGGAGUUCAUGGGAUCCGAGCUGUGCGACGUCCUUCUCUAGGGAAGACUGUGCUGCGCUUGGCAGAGCGGAGAAGGGAGGAACUCAACAUUUUACCUGCUUUGUUUUGUUUGGUUUUGUGUUUGGGUUGGGUUUUAAUCCUCAGGAAAGCAGUAGAUCCCGGUGGGUGUCUCUUUGCUCCUUCAUCUAGGGGGCAGAGAGGUUAUUUAUUUAUUUAUUUAUUUCAGCUAAGCAACUGUUAAUGGUGUUGAAAUCCCCAUUUGUAAGGAACAGGCUUUUGUGUUCUUAGAUGGGGCCUUCAAUCAAAGUUGCCCGGCUGGGUUGGAGAAUGCACUUUUUCCCUCAUGCAUGCUAGGCCAAAGCAACAUCAAGCCUAGAGGCAUGUUUCAGGGGAGAGGGAGAAAGAAGGAAGGCAGGAGGGUAAGGGGCACUCUGUGAGCAUUUAUGCUCCUAGACUUUUAGCUAGGGCUCUUUUGGGGGGGUUUGUUUGGGUUUCUUCCUUUUCCUACAUCAUCUUCAGUCUUAAAGAGGAUUCUGUGGCUUCAUGUUUCUUUCACCAGGGCCAGCUUCUCCCAUUUGAUCUGUAUUGAAUUCCUAAUCUGUAUGUGGCAGUCUGUUACCUGUGAAAUGAUAUUGGUAUCCAAAUUCUUCAACCAACACAGGAUCUAAGUGGGAACAGAACAUGGACUUAGGGGCUGUAAUUGAUGGUUUACGUAGUAAUUGUUUUUGUUUUAAUAACGAGCAUAAACUUAUUUAAAAAAAUGUGAAAGGCAAAUUGACUUGUUUAUUAAAAUAUUUUCCCACUAUGAAA